AUGUCCGAAACCCCGAGCCUGCCUGGUUCUCCAGGCGGCCCCCUCCAAGCCGCAACGGCGGAGCGCGUCAACCAGCAGCGCGAAUCCAUCUUCUCCCACCUCCGCAGCGAAUCCCGCGACAGCUCAGUGCACGAUAAGAUCAGCCAGUUCAACAACCUCAGUGUCUCCUUACAGUCAAAGCAACUCGAACGCAAGACAGCCGAUGCCGCCCUCAAGCGGGCGAUGCUCGGUCGCGAGGAAGCCGAGACUGAGAUGAGGAGGUACAGAGACGAGGUCAGGGUCAUGCAAAAGACUGUCGAGGAAGGAAAGGAUCGCGAGCGAAGAGUUGGCGAGCGUCUCGAGACGUUGAUGGAAAACUACGGCCGAGCCAAGGAGACACACGCGCACACACAAGCCCUAUGGGAGAAAGAAAUUCGACGAGCACGAAAAGAGACAUUCAAGACACAAUCAUCCAUUGUCAAGCUACAAGAGGAGCUCAAGUCAGCCCGCGGCACUCUCAAGAUGAACGACGAGAGUCUGAAGCGCGAAAAGGAGAGGAGCAAGGUUCGCGAGCAGGAGGCGUUCACAGCACGUUAUCAGAUUGUCGGAGUCCAAGAGCAGCUCGAGCAGGCCCUCGAACAGAUCAAGGUUGUGGAGCAGGAGCGCGAUGCGUUCAAGACGGCAGCUCAGAACGAAGAGGUUGCGCGUAUCGCUGCUGAGGGACGGCUCCCGCUCCCCGUCGCGAAGGACGCUGAUGAUGAAUUCGCCUCACCAAAGAAGAAGAAGGCGCCUCGCGUAUCGCUGUCGACAAUGGAUAUUGUAUCUUCAGCAGCCAGCGAAGCUGAGAUCGAGGAGCUAACCACACAACUGCUGUUUGAGCGCCAACGAGCCGACCGCGCGCAGGACAUGGUCGAAUUCCUGCAACUUGAGUGCCAGCUGGGUUGCUGCCCCUGCGUCAAGUCCAAGACCCCUCCUCGCCGGAAGCGACGUAGCUCCAUAGGCCUCGAGGGCCCCAACGACAAGUUGCCGAGGUUGGACAGCUCAGAGCCCCAGGAACAACGUGCCCCAACUCCUCCUCGUAUUGAGGAACCCCAGGCUCAGCAAAAGGUUGAGCCCCAAGUAGAGGAUGAGCCUCAGCAACAAGAAGUUGCCCCUGAACGUUUGCAGCCCAGGUCCAGGAAAGAGCCUAGGCGGAGCACCAUCUUCUGCCCGAAGGAGGGCAUCUUCCGCACCGUCUCUGAGCAAGAAGCGGAGGCCUUGGAGGCACGGAACCGAGCGGAGGCCGAGGAGGAAGCCAACAUUGAACAGGAGACGCGCGAGGAUGCCCGCUCCGAGGUUGAGUCUGAGCCCGUUACUGAGCCAGCCCCAGAGGACGCUGAGACGCUGCCCCCAUCGCCUGACGACGAGAGAGAGCGAAACCCUCGCAUGUACGCCAGGACUCCCUCAGUGGAGCCGCCGUCCUUUGCUCUUCUAGCCCAGGAACGGACUUCAUUGGCCUCGCUGCUCAAUGCCCCCCAUGGCCACUCUGUCGGCGAUGUCCACACGGCACCCAUCCCGUCUAUCCCCACCAUGCCCGACGUGGCCACCGACACCAACACACCCGCCGAAGCCGCUCCGGACACCCGGCCCCACACCUCUGCGUCCUUCUACACCGUCACCACUACGACCUCGGUGCCACUCCAUGACGGUGCUUCCCGAUCAGACUCGUCCUUCGCCGAGCGCCUGCGUACGCCUUCCCACGGAAACGCCAGCUUCGACCUGUCCAACCCUGCCCUGACGCCGACCAUGACCCGCGAGCAGGCUCUCGCCAAAAUCCGCGAGCGUCGUGGCCGCGCCCGUUCUAUAGCCCAAGGCACCAUGACGCCUCGCCGGAGGAUGGUCGAAGGUGUCGACCGCAGAGACAUGAGCGCACCGACGGGCACUGUUGCUGCUACGAAGAAGCGGUAG